AUGCGCCUAAUUACUUCAGUCAUUUCCUUCUCCCUGAUGUUGCUGGCGUCUGCCAGCCCAUCACCACCAAGUAGAGUGGUAACUACGGUUGCAGCGCGAUGUGCCAAAAAUCUAUGCGGCGGCGUGAACAGCAAGGUUGUGUCGUCGAGCCAGUACAUCUGCGGCGAUAAUCGUCUCGGCCCGGUCGACCUCCAAAAUAAUAAGAUCCGCCAAAACGCCGUCGUCGGUCCUAUACUCCGCAAUUACAACCCCUUUCCUGGGACGUGCCCCGAUGAAUUCCUGCGGGCAUACGGUCAAGGGGCAGGGUACAAAUAUCCAGCACAAGACGGGUUCGAUGUCGAUUCUCAUGGGAAACCCGUUAAGAAGAAAAUGAUACUCGCUCCGAGAACGAUACUGGACCGUUUUGGGUCCGACAGAGGCACUUUUGUGGCCCCAUACGGCACCCCUUACGAGCAGCGGUCACUGCCCCCGGAAAAUUUGGCAACAGACCCAAGAUUUUCGGAUGGAACCCCUUACAACUUCCAUAUCUAUGAAGUAGUCAAAGAUCUACCAGUACAGGCCGGGCCUGCUGCGCCGUGGUUCGGGCAGGUCGGUCAUGGGACCCAGUACAUGCUGAGCAUGAAGGUCCGGGAAGCAAUAAGGGAUGGCUACCUCGUUGAGACAUGCACUCCAGGCAUGCAUGCGUGUGGAAUGAAUCCUAAUACAAACGUCCCGACUCAGAUUAUCUGCAACAAGAGCCGUAGGUGGGAGAUCACUGGUAGUGGACCAAUCGACAAGCAAAUCGACCCAAGGUGA